CAACCCAGCUCCAGUUGCAGCCGAGUCCCCCAAGUCUUAGAAAGUACUAUCAAACAUUUAAAGCACUGAAUUGCUUUUUCUAAUUGCAAGUUACUCGUAAUGUUUAAGGAUAGCACGAUGUCGUUAUAAUAUUUAAUCAAAAAACAACACCGCGGGAGGUAAGGGUUCCUCUGCCGCAUGUAUCUGUGUAAAUCUGUAAAAGCCCAUUCCAUCGGCAAAAACGACAUUAGCCUGAGCAAUUCAGAAGCAACAAAUAUAUAGAUGACUACCUCGAAUUUGGAAUUACCCUCAUCAGUCGCUCCUCCUUUGGACAUUUCCCAGUUUCAUCACACCCCUUUUUACUGUGAAGAAAAUGUAUACUUGCUUUGCAAAAAGCUACAGGAAAAUGGAGUAGCAGAGGCAGAGGGAUCUGAUUUAUUUGUUGUUUUCAUUUCCAAUGAGAAGAAGCAGGUUCCACUUUGGUAUCAAAAGGCUAGUCACAGAGCUGAUGGAGUUAUUCUCUGGGACUAUCAUGUCAUCUGCAUUCAGAGGAAAAAGGAUGUCAACUCUUCUCAUCUAGUGUGGGAUUUAGAUUCAAGUCUUCCAUUUCCAUCUCCUCUAGCCACCUAUGUAUCAGAAACUAUCCGGCCAUCUUUUGAGCUAUUUUCUGAGUUUCAGAGGUUUUUCCGGGUAGUGCAUGCUCCAAUUUUCCUCCGUUCCUUUGCGUCUGAUAGAAGACACAUGAAAGAUUCUGUUGGAAACUGGAUUUCUCAACCUCCUGCAUAUGACGCUAUAGUUGCUGAAGAUGGCACUGUACACAACCUGAAUCAGUACAAUGAGAUCUCUACUGCAGAUGUGAAAAAUGUAGGAAUCGAUUCCACCGAUGCAGUUUUUGUGCAGAAAUUUGGUGUGCUGGUGAGUGAAAACCAGUUGGAAGAUUUUUUUUCAAUGUUAUCCUGAGGAUUGUGAAAGUUUUGACAGCUGGAAUUUACAAUUGUGAUUUGAGCAUAGCGACCACAAUCAGAUUCAUUUCUUACAUGAUGUAUUCCUGUAAGCAAAUGAGAUCUUAUUGAGUGACGUUUGUAAACCGAAGACGUUAUCUCUUUUGUAAAUGUUGUUUGGCGGAAGAUGGGUGGGGAUCUUGAAAGCAAGUGUGUUAUACAGUUACUCCUGAACUGAACAUGGCAAAAAAAAGGGUUGCGUUUCUUACUGCUAUAAAA